GUAAUGCUAACAAAAUCCCCCUUGUCCAUCGGUUUCAUAUUUGGUGUUGCUUUUCCUUUAAACUUCUCUCCCUCUUGGUGCCACAUUUUUUCGCUUGUGUACAGUCAAAAAAAGAAAAAGCAAGAAUGAUAACACCUCUAACUUGAUGCUUUUUGUCCACGUGACUUAGUGCUGGAUGGCUACUGAGUUUAUUAAUUUGGUUUUGUAUGUUUUUUCUGUGUGAUUAUGUGUGCAUAUCAGAUGACUAGCCUGGCCCAGCUGUUACACUACACUAGCCUGAGUCAGGCAUUGUUUUCCAAGCCACUAUCCCCGAUCGGGCCAACGCAGCCUUCAAGGGGGAAUGUGACCAGGAGAAUAGCCCGCUGAACCUUCCAAGAUGGACACCUUGUCUCUUUUAUUUAUUUUUAUUUUAUUUUGGUUUGUUUCCUUUCAUACUUUCCCAUGUUGUCCACUCCUUACUGUCUCUAUAUAGAAACUACAGUAUUGCUUAUCUCUAGCGUUGUGUUUAUAUUUGUUAUUUUGGUUUGUUGUUUUGAUUAUUGUCCAACCCCCAUCCCCCUCUCUCUUUUCUGCUACAGCCGGCUGCAGCUUUUGUGUGAUUGAAUUCUGUCCAGGUUGCUACGGCAUACCGGUGGGAUGUGUGUCACACAUUGGAUGCUAGGAGGAUGACUAACUCUUUUACUCUCUUGUCUCCUACUCCCGUUGAUGUAGUGAAGGGCUAGAACUCAAGAAUGAUGCAGCCAUUGGGGUUGUCUUGUGUUGCACACCUUUCCAACACUGCGAAACGAUCGCCCCACGGAAAAGCGCCCAUGCUUGAUAUCGUAUGGUUCAUGACCAAUAUGUUUCCAGUACAGGGAAAAUCCCAGAAGAGGCCAAGGCUUUGUCACUUUUGGCACCUGCCACUCCAGCACCCAGUGUGAUUCCUGGGGGGGGACUGCUUCCAAUUCCUACUCCAGCUCCGCUUCAGAAUCUGAACCUUCCAGUUGUGAAUCGGACAACUGCCAGUCUUGACUCCGCAGCAUCAUCAGCGUCCUCCCAGCCCCCCCUCAUGGGGAAUGUGGAUCCCUCAAAAAUUGAUGAAAUCAGGCGGACUGUCUACGUGGGCAACUUAAAUUCACAGACAACGAAUGCAGAUCAGCUGUUGCACUUCUUCAAGCAGGUGGGGGAUGUAAAGUUUGUGCGAAUGGCAGGAGACGAGACGCAGCCGACACGUUUCGCCUUCGUGGAGUUUGUUGAGCAGGAGUCUGUUGCCAGAGCUCUGACCUUCAAUGGAGUCAUGUUUGGGGACCGACCGCUCAAGGUUAACCAUUCCAAUAAUGCCAUAGUGAAACCCCCAGAGCUGACACCGCAGGCGGCUGCUAAGGAGCUAGAAAUUGUGAUGAAGCGGGUGAGGGAGGCCCAGUGUACCAUUGCUGCUGCCAUAGAACCAGAAGUCGAGGCGCAACCCUCCAGUCAUACAAGAAGGUCAAAACGGUCACACUCACAAACACGCAGGAAAAGGUCACGCUCCAAACACAGAUCAUCGCAAAAGUCAUGGCAAGGGAGCGACUCCCACAGCUCCCGAAGCAGCCACAGGAAGCGCUCUCGCUCCAGAGACAAGAGACAUAGUCGGAGUCGCUCCAGAGGCCACCGGAGGAAGAGUAAGGAUCGAUCCAAGAGCCCUCGCAGAAAAGUCAGGUCACCCUCACCAAAAAGAGGUAAGAAAGACAAGAGGAGGGAUCGCAGCAGGGACAGAAAGGAGCGCUCCACGUCCAGGAAGAGGAGCCGCAAAGACGAGGACAGGAUAAAGAGCAAGGCCAAGCCGGUGAAGGCGGGAAAUGAACACAGCAGAAAAGAAAAGGAGGUCUAUGAAAGUGAGAGGGACGACUCGCCGUCACACAGCGAGGACAUGGCGCCAUCGUCCCCCUCUGUCCACCACAACGGCAGCUACAAGACUCACAAGGAGGAGGAGGAAUCCGGGUGCAGCCUUUACCAAAUGACUGUGACGACAUUAUUGAAGUGAAUCCUGCACCGUCAUCCACACCCUCCAUCACACUAACACUUGCACCGGUGUCGUUUUCUUCCCGUUGUCACAUUUCUUUUUAUUUUCCAUUUCUAAAAGUGUAUUCAUGGCACCUGUGAUACAACUCGUGUUCAGUGUGCAAGCGACAGAGAGAGCGAUAAUUCAGAAAACAAACAAAAAUACAGAAUACAGCAACUUAAGAGACUCGGAGAAAUGGAAACGGAUAAAGUAGCUGCAUUACCCCAUCCUGGUCCCUGAUUGGCUAAUCUAGAUCAUUUUAAAAAAAGACCAAAACAUUUCUCUCCAUUCCUUCAGUGACAAUGAGACCUUGCUCUCCAGUCAUCCAGAAAAGUCCUUUAAACCUCUGUCAACUUCUAUGACAACAUAACCUAACUGUCAUACUGCAGGUUGUAUGACCUAUAAUAAUAAAAAACAUUUAGUUAAUGUCAAUAUGUUGCAGCCAUCUGCAUUAAGAGUAAUGAAAUAUUUUCAUGAAUUUGAGAGUGUUGGCACUGACCUGUGUUAGUACAAAUGUCCAGUUUGCAUGAGGAUCAGAGAGAGGAGCUGUAAAGUGAUUAUUUAUUAUUAUUGUAUCUUUGCUCUAGUCGUGCAUUCUCAAAUGCAGGCAUUUAAAACAACAAAAAAAAACAAGAGGGCUGGCAGCUAUUCUCGAUUUGUGCUUCGUACACUUCCUCACGCAGCAUUUUGUAAACUUUUAUCGUCUCUGUUUCAGUCCCACGCUUAACUGAUUUAACUAUGAACUGCAGACCUUUGGCAGCGGCUUCACUCGCGCUGUGACUUCUGAAUGAUAUUUUCAGAGAUAAACGUUGCCCAGUCACGCACUUGUUACCGCGUCAUGUGUGACCGUCGAAACAUUUAUUGGAAAAUAUAGAUUGUGAUAUAUAAUCCAGGAAGUUACAACAAGAUUAUUUGACCAACAAAAUCUUGCAGCGGUUUUUCGUCAAACGGUACAUUUCCUUAAAUACGUCAAACUUCUUACAGUUUGUUUGUGGUCAUGUGAGUGAGUCUUGUUGUUGUGCUGCUGCAGAUGUGGACUCAGUGUAGACAGAACGGCAACUUCCCAUAUUCUGCUUAGUGUUUACUGCUCGCGACACGUUCCUUCGUCAAAGAAUUGUAGAAUUGUGAAGCAAAGAAAACGCUCAGUAUUGUGACGGUGGAAGCUGCUCAGGUGCCCUCUAUGUGAUGUCGCAGGAUAAAGUGAAAAGUCUAAACAAACGCGCCGUCACCGUUUCCUCCAUCAUCUGCAAAGUCUGUUAAAGCAUGAAAUCGUGUUGGUUUUAUGCUGUUAUGCUUGUGAACCUGCCUCUAUCGAAAAACACAUUUUUCAUCAACAUAGAUACAUUAGUUUAAUGCGUGUACAUGCACCUGCUUUAAAAAAAAUAUAUAUAUUAUAUAACUAUAAUUCUGAUAAUUAGCUGUUGCAACACGAUUACAACAUCACAUGGUCUUUUCUUCCCUGUUUUUCCAGUGUAAGAGGGGUGGGAGAAAAAAAAAAGAAUUAAAUAGUUGUAUUUAUUCAAAUUUAGGCCUAUACUGUAAAAUAACGCAGAAAGUCUGUUAGCUCGAUGCUAACGCAGCUCACUCAACUAAGAUGGGAUGGAAAAAGUGCCUCGACAUAGAUUGUACAGAAUAUUCUCAUAGACAAAAUGGAGACUUAUUGACAAAUGCAAACUGAAUUUAUCAUUAUGGAUGUUGGAUUACUGAAAUUAAGAUGGUCUUUAUACAUACAUAAAAGUAUUGUUCCCCUGUUUUAGUCUUUAAUAGUCAGACUUUUCGUGGAAUCCUCCUUUUUGUGUGUGUGUUGACAGAGCCAGUAUUGAAUUAUAUGUGAGAGCAUUUACGUGUAAACUGGCCCUGGAUUAAGAUUAAGUUUCUAUGGAUGCUUGUUAUAUUUAAAAGAAGACUUUUAUGCCCGUCGUCUUUACUGCUUGUACAAACCUUCCAAUCUCUUUAUGUUGGCAAAGCUUCAGUUUGAAAUAGUGAACGUGUGAUAGAGUUUGGUGCAGCAUACAAACUUAGCUGUUAGUAUUUGAGGGCAUUUAUUUUUAUAUAUAUAUAAACAUAUAUAUAUAUAUACAUAUAUCUGUGGAUCCACUUCAUAUAGUCACAACGUGUUCAUGCUUUUCCCCUCGUGCACACACUGAUUUGAUGAAACUGUUUUUGAAGAGAGUGAAUGUAUAUAUCUGUUUGGCUUCCGUUUGAAUCAAACAAUAUAUACAUACUCUUUCCAAAAAUAAUAAAAAAAUAAAGAGACUUUUCAUUCAGACAUUUAAUUUUAUUUCUCUGUUUUACCACACAGUGGAAAAUAAUCUGCUACUGAUGAUUUUUUUUUUUUUUUUUUAAUAGUCUUUCAAAUGUGAUGUGGACCUUGGUGUCCCACAAAGACGUGACCUGGGUACGCUGCAUUUCUGGCCGUGAUUAAAUUGUUUCCUGAC